AUGUCAGGAAACCUCGAGCAAUUAGACCCCAAUUACGUCGUUGCCUUUGAUUAUUCAAAGGACAACGUAGCUAAGUUGGUGUCAGAAUUUCAAAACCAUGGUUUACAAACGGUAACAAGACCAGGUCACAAUUCAAAAACCGUCUAUGCAUUUACGAGGGUUGACGAGCCCGGAGUUUUUGAGAGCGGUGAAGGUUUUGCCGAAAAGCAUCCAUCACAGCAACCCUCGAAAAGUGAAAAGCCAAGUUCAAGUUCAACUACAGGCGCAGAUACAGGUGUAAGUAAUUACGAUCAGCAACACGCUAAAUCGACUACUUCUGGUGUUGAUAAUAGCGCCGGUAGUCUGGAAAAAAAGGGAUUUGCUGGCCAGGACAGACCUGAUUUAAGUUCCGCUUCUGAUGGUAACACCGAUAUUUCCGGUGACAAAAAGAAGAAGCAAGGAUUCUUGUCUGAAGCUCAAGACACCGUUAAGGGUCAAGGUGGUGUUCAAGGUUUAAAGGACAAAGCUGGUAAAGUUCCAGGUGCCGAUAAAGCCGAAGGUAGUUUGAAAAAGAAUGUCCCAGGUAGUGAUAAGUUAGGUGGACUUGGCGGUGCAGGUGGUAUUGCAGGUGCUGCAAGUGGUCUCUCCGGUGGUGGAUCUGGAUCUGGUGCCGGUAAGAAGGGUGCAGCUGACCAAGCCAAAGGUGGCCUAAAAGGUUUUAACAAAGACGAUCUAGUCAAAGGCGGUAAAGAUGUUCUUAACGGUCAUAAGGAUGAGUUAACCGAAGCAGGUAAAAAAGCUUCUAAAGGUGAUACCUCUGGUCUAGAGGGUGCAGGUAAAAAUAUCGGUCAAGACGUUGCUGGUAGAGUCGACAAAGAUCAACUUGUAAGUAGCGGUAAAAAAGUGUUUUCGGGUGAUAAAAAGGAUAUGUUGAAAAACGGCAAGAAGGCUCUUGCUAAAAACCAAGCUGAAAACAAAGGUAAGGAAUUUCUCUCUGGUGCUGGCGGUGCUGGCGGUGCUGGCGGUCUCGCCGGUAAAGCUGGUCUAGGUGGUAGCAAUGGUGAUAGUAGUAAUACCAAAGAACCCCUAUCUAAGGGUGCAAAGAGUUCCACUGGUGGUGGUGAUUCCACUGCCUCAAGAGAUGCUGGUGGAUUUGUGGAUAACGCUACUGCUGCUCCAAGUGGAAGUAAAAAGGGUAUAAAGACAGAUACUGAACUGCAAGGUUCGGAAGAUGAUGUCCCCGCUGGUACCGAGAGUAGUAUGCGUUCCGAUGCUGCCGUUAAAGGUUUCCCUCGUGAUUCUAGUGCUUCUCCAACUCCUCACGACGAGAAAUCUGCUCCUUCCUAUACUGGAGUCGAUACUGGUAGCAAGAACUCAUCGACGAGUGCUUCCACAAAUGAACCACCUGUUCCUUCUACUUCUGUAAGUGGGGGCAGAGCCACUCUUUUCGCUAUCGUCGCUAAUUUUGAUUUCGUUCAAUCUGUAACUCCAAUUUACGACGUGGAAAAGAGAAAGAAAUUGGAUGCUACCGUUAAUAAUUUGGUUCAAGCUUCUACUUUGGUUCCAACCGACCAUGAUUUGACUAAUUUGGAGCAUCUAACGAGAAACCCCCGCGAGAUUUUGUACUUCUUUUAUUUCAAGAAUUAUAUCCGUUGGCUAUUACCAAUCUCGUUGGUCGGUGUCGUUUGCAGAUUCUUUUCUCGUUCCGUGGCCCCAUGGGAGUUUAAUAUCACUUACACUUCUAUUUUGAUUGUUUGGUCUCUAUUAUUCACCUCGUCUUGGAUCUAUUACUUCGAACCCCUUCAUGCUAAAAAAUUGGGUAAAGUUUUGGAUGUUGUCACUCCAAGUGACAAGAAGUUGAGUGCUCCUCAUGAGGUUCUUUACAAGAAGUUUGUCUUCUUACCAGUUGCACUAUUGUUCGCUGCUUCUUUGGUCGCUGUCCAAUUUUUGUGCUUUUUUAUUGAAAUCUUUGUCACCCAACUGUACUCUGGUCCAUUCAGCGGCAUCUUGGCUCUAUUGCCAACUGCUUUGAUUAGCGCUGUCGUCCCAGUAUUGACUUUGAUCUACAACAAGUUGUUCGUGGAUCCAUUGGUCAAAUGGGAAAAUGGUCCUAACCCAAAGAAGUCAAAGACUGAGAAGAACUACAUUUUAACCUUUUUGACUAGUUAUGUUCCAUUGUUCAUUACUUUGUUUGUGUACUUACCCCUAGGUCAUAAGUUCACCCCAGAUUUGCAAGGUGGUGUUGCAAGUUACGCUAAGAAAUACCACAUUCCUGUGAUUGCUUCUGAUUUCAUCGUUGAUAUCAACCGUUACAAGAAGCAAUUCUUCUACUACACUGUCACUGCCCAAAUCAUUAACAUGGUUCUAGACAACGUCGUUCCUCUAGUGUUGGACGUCUUGGUGCCAUCAUUGGCAAAGGAUGGUAACAGAAGUCAAAGUGAUGUUGUAGCUAAGAUCGAUUCUGUGGUUCAAUCUCGUUACCCACAAGACUUUGACUUGUGGAAGAAAGUCCAAUUGUUCCAUUCUAGCAACUACGGUGAGUUUGACGUCGAUCAAAAUUACAGCAAGCUUGUGGUACAAUUCGGUUAUAUUGCUAUGUUCUCAAUCAUUUGGCCAUUGGCUCCAUUGAUUUUUACCAUCAUUGACUUGAUUAUCUUCAGAGCUGACUUGUGGAGAGCAUUUACCAAGAGUAAACCUUCUGGUAACCCAACCGAUUUGCAAGUCGCUAAAGGAGGUGCUCACAAAGUUCACGUUUCUUCUUCUCCUUGGAAUGGUAUCUUGGAGAAGACCACUCACUUGAGUUUCAUCGUUUCCGUCACUUUGUUGUUGAUGUACAGAUACAGCAACUUGCCUGGCGUUGGAUUGUCCACUAGUUUAGAAAAACGUGAUAACUGGUUCAAAGAAUCUCCAUUAGUAUAUUCCUGGCCUAAGAUCCUUCUUGCAGCAGCAGCUGCUGAGCAUUUGGCUCUGUUGGGUUACCUAUAUGUCAAGGAUAUUUGCUUAUCCUAUCAAACCAAGUUCGAACCUGCUACUUUACCAUAUGUGAAGGUCCAAGCUAAACCUGUUUACAGCGAGAAAGUCGAUGAAACUGCUGCUAUUAUGGAAGAAGUCGCUUACGAACCUGUUGAACAACCAAAACCAAAGAACGAGGAGAGCCAACAACAGACUGGUACAGACAGAGGUGCUAGUUUGGAUACUUCUGACAAUACCUUCGGUGCUCAGUCUACUGGCGCUGGUGUUCACGGUGAUGGUGGUUACUCUUAUGAUUACGAUGGUGGAUAUGCUCCUAGUGGUGAACGUAGUGCAGUUGGUGGUGUUGCCGACGAUAGUCACACUAAAACUUCUGGUUAUAACGAUGGUUACAGGGCUGGUUACGCUAAGGGCUUCGAAGGUGAUCACGAAAGUGAUGCUUUCGCCAACAAGGGUUCUGCUGCCAGUGGUUUCAACGAUAGAUAUGGUAAGGACACAUCUUCAUCUGGUUCACAGCGUAGGGGUUAUGGAAAAUCUGGUGAAAACAACUACUUCAAUGAUGACGUGACUGCUGGUGCUGUAGGUGGAUUAGGUGUCAGUGGAGCCGCUGCUGCCGCUGCUUCUUCCGCUAACGGUGUCGCUCGUAAGACAGGUUCCUCCACUCGUGACAGUGGUUCUGAUGUAGCUCGUAGCCGUAGCACAAAGAGAGCCAGCUCUCACGGUGGUAGUUCUGCUGCUGAAAAGGGCCGUCCAUCUGAUAAGUCCUCGAAAGAAUCUGGCAGACAUACAACUUCUACGAAAGAAUCGAACUCGUCUGCUCAAGGUAAUGGUAAGAACUUCUCUGCUCCUCAUGUGGUUGCUGACUCUGGCUCUAGAGAAAUUCCAGCACAAUCCCAAGGUAAAAACGAUUUAACCUCUGCCUCUAAAUCUGCUUCCUCCAAAAACUCAAAGGCAUUUGGUGUUGCAGGUGGUGCUGCCGGUGCAGCCGGUGGCGCUGGUCUUGCUGAUACUGAUCGUGCUUCCUCUGCCAAACAACACUCUAACAGAGAAUCAUCUUACUUAGAAAGUCCAACUCCAAGUGAAGAUGCCGGUGCCACUUUGCCUGAUACUAUCCCAACCUCCAAGAACUACAAUUCUCGUUAUGAUAAAAACGAUAAACCUGUAAAAUCUGCUGCCCAGUCUGAAGCCAGCCCUUCCGCUUCUGGAAAUGGUGACGGUGGUGACAUUGCUGGCGGUGCUGUCGGCGGUGGUGCGGCUGGUGGUCUAGAUGGGCUAGCUGCAGGUGCUGCUGGCGACCUGAAAUCUGGUAAGGUUACAAAAGAGUCUGGUGAUGUCGGUAAGGAUCUAAAAAAGGAUGUCGGCUCUGAUUUGAAAUCUGGUAAGUUGCCUAAGGGUGCUGAUGUUGGCAAAGAUUUGAAAAAGGAUCUUCCAGAGGAUCUUCCAAAGGAUCUUCCAAAGGAUCUUCCAAAGGAUCUUCCAAAGGAUCUUCCAAAGGAUCUUCCAAAGGAUCUUCCAAAGGAUCUUCCAAAGGAUCUUCCAAAGGAUCUUCCAAAGGAUCUUCCAAAGGAUCUUCCAAAGGAUCUUCCAAAGGAUCUCCCAAAGGAUCUCCCAAAGGAUCUCCCAAAGGAUCUUCCUAAGGAUCUUCCAAAGGACCUUCCAAAGGACAUUGGUUCUGAAUUGCAUUCUGGUGGCAAAUCUCAAGCAGGUGGUGAGAGUGGUGCUUCUGGUGCCUUCGGUAAUGUUGCUCAACAAGGUGGUAAGGAUGCCACUCAGAAUCCAUCUGUUAGUGACGCCAUGAAGACCUUGGACCCAGCUGCUGUUGCUGGUUCUGUUGGUAACAUUUCUAAGGACCCCUCUGCUGCUCCACAAGAGGUUGGUAACUUGGCUCAGCAGGGUGCUCCUGUUGUCUCUGCUGCGGGCGCUUCUUUGGGUAAACACGGUUCUUCUCGUGGUGCUGCGCAAGGCGGCAAGUCUACUUCUGGUCUUCCUCCUGAAGGCGGUCAUGGCGGUAAACAUGCUUCCGGCUAUAAUGCUAAUGAGGGCACUCAUGGCGCCGGUGAAGGUGCAUACACAGGUAGCGAUAAGCACGCUGCUUCUCGUAACGGUGCUGGUGGUGCUGGUUUCGAAGAUGGUGGAGUCUACGAUACUAAAGAAAAUAUUGAUGACAGUAGAUAUGCUGGUGGUUCCAAUGGUGCCACUCACGGAGCUUAUGGUGCCGGUGGUGCCGACCCAGAGUCCCCUGCUGCUCAACAAUUUGGUCGUGACGUACACUCUUCUAAGUCUGGCAAAACCUUCGGUACCGCCGAGUCUAAGAUUGACAAUUUGACUGGUGCUGCUGAACAACCUGAGGGGACUGAGAACGUUGGUGCUGCUGGUGCUGCUGAUGCAGGUAUUCAGAAGACACCACAAAGAAGUGCCACCAAGCCUAAGACGGACGCUGCCCGUUCGAAGGCUGGUACUCCAUCUCGUUCCAAGACCAUUGGUCACUCCUCUCAGGCCAAGAAAGAGGCCGCCAAUCCUAAAGCUGCCCACGCUACUGAAGCUCAUAAGGGUGCUCCUAAGGAUCCUAAGCAAAGAUCUUCGAAUCCUGAAUUGAGAGCUAACCAAUCAAACUCUACCCCUGAAAGCAAGGGUAAACAUAAGAGCGGUUUAUUGCACAGAAUCAUCAAGAAACUUGAAUAA